GCAGUCGACAUUAUUAUUGGUUUGGUUAGUGUGCUUUUGUGCGGGCUAUAUGAACCCUCGGCUGCAGAGGUGGCUGGAUGAAACCCGGCGCAGGAGGUUCCUGCCCGCCACUCUCGGCACUUUCGAUGACAGCGCCGAGCCGCUGCCGGACGCUAACCAGCCGCCGGAGUACACCUACCAGUCGCUACAGGACGCCAACCAGUCACCAGAAGACACCAACCAGCCGACAGACGCCACCAACCAGCCGCCAGACUCUCCCAAUCACAACAACACAAACUUCUGCCCGAUGCCGGUGAUGCAGCAGCAGGGGGCCACGCUGGUGCCGGACGACAACGCCCACCCGUGGGCGGCGAGGGUGGUGCACACGAAAUGGUGGGACAAUACAGAAGAGCCCUUCCUGUGCACGGCGACCGCGAUUAAACAUCUAAUAUUUAUAACUGCCGCUAGAUGUCUCGCCACAUCCAAACCCUAUUAUACCCAUCUACGGAUGCGAAUGAACCUGACAGUAUCAGUGCAAUUUUUUGUGACGCCAUCUCCAUCCACCAAACAACUGUUCGACGACAUUGGGUUUAUCGGUGCAUGGGGUCGCAUUCAUAGAAAACCAGGAUACGAGUAUUCACCUACGGACGGGUUCCUGUCAAUAUCGAGGAAGCCGCGCGCCGGCGGGGGCGCCUGGCGCCUGGACUGGGCCGCCGGCGCCGCCUACAAGCUCGUGGGGUUCCUCGCGGAGAGAGAGUCACCGUCGAACCAAUCCCUGUACGAGUUGGGUGAGAUGUACGGGAGCAACUCGGCGUGCAAUCGGCUCCUGCCGGCGCAGACGCAGUCGCAGGACUACUGGGCCGCGUGCGUGCACUCCUGCCGGCCGCACGAGCACUCCCGCGAGCACCCGCCCUGCCGCCGGUAUCUGCUGGGGCUGGGCCACGCGAUGCUCGACGACAAGAACGAACUGGUCGGCAUCGUCACGUGGUCGUGCGGGAACGAGCCCGCCGCGCUGGCUAGGAGAGGCGGCCUGCCGCUGCCGCUGGGCGUCGCCGUGCCCGACGACCGCUUCCAGCGUAAUUUAGAAUGUGUAGAAUAUAUUAUCAAAAAUAACUUCGACGUAAAUAUAACCGUGCCCGGAUUUUAUCCAUCACUUUGUAAAUGAUAUAUUAGUCCCGCUGGCCGCGUGGACACCAAUUUUCGUAAGAUAUGUCGAACAAUCAGAUAAUUUCUGUUUCGCCCCAUAGUUAACAGGUUGCUUAAAGUCCUUAACACGCGUUAUACUUUUGAAAUGUGCAAUAAUUUUUAAAAACAAUAUAAAUAAAUAAUAAAUCUUAAUUCGUCGUUGUCGAAGUUGAUACUACAUACAUACUUGCUGCUGUUUGAGGAAAAAAACGAUGUCAAUAAUAAGUUGGUAAUACCAAAAAUGAAUUUAGCAAUCUUUAUUUAUACGUAAAUGACAAGGUGGAUGUACUAAGAAAUGAAAUUGAAAAUUUUUUUUUUCAAAUACCUAGGCAUAUUACAACGCGCAUAUGAAUCUACGCCGGUUCUAAUCCUACGCAGCCUCGAGAUUUCAGUCCCCCCUCAGUUGGAGGGGGGUAUCCGCUAUGGGACCGGCAAGAAACUCGGCGUGCCACUUCUAUUCAAAACAUUACAUCUAAUAAUUAACCAUGCAUUAAAUAACAAGAUACAAUUCAACAUACAAUAUUUAUCAAAAAAUAUUAACGGACUAGGUACCUUUUUACUCUAUGGAAAUUAAUUUCAAAAAAUUAUAUAUCUAGUAGCUUAAUAAUAAGUCGUUCGUCUUCAGAGAAAACAUAAGACAUGGUCACGACUCGAUGAACAUGCUAGUGUCCUAAAUUAAUUUAUUGUUUAUUAUAAUGUCUAAGCAAUAUAGGUAAUUAUAAUAAACAGAAAUACGCAGUUAGGUGUAUUGCUGGUGUAAAAUUAAUUUGCUUAUUUACCCAUUUAAAUUAAUUUGGCUUUCCUUCAAACCCAAAACGGCCAGGACUCAAAAAUGGUGUUGAACCUUUUUUAGUAAGAUAGAAAGCAAACGAAUAGACAAUUCGUCUAGUAGUAAAUCUUUUGGACAAAUCCUAGACAUCCGAAACACAAAAAGGGUUUGAGGAGCGAAGCCGCUCUUUAACAUGGGAGGUCGUUUCUUUUCUCUAAGGUAAGUAUCUGGAGUACAUAUGUAAAUGUGCACAAAGGAGAACUUAUCCAUUUAAAGGAUCUCUUCCAGCAAACCUUUAAGCAACUGAGAGAGAAAUUAUAGUUUAAAAAACACUAGUAAAACACGCUUUUAUAAAUGCACGUAAAAGUCAAAAAUAAACUAUGGAUCUUUCAAGUUGUCUUUAUUUCUGG